GCUAGCUGCGAACCACGCCAUGGCUAAACUACUGGCACUGUUCACGCUGCUGCUGUGCGUUGCCGCCUUGGCGCAUGCGCAGUUUGGCCAGGGCGGUUUCGGCCGUCCUGGCGGAGGUUUCGGGAGGCCCGGUGGUGGUGGUGGAUUUGGCCCUGGAGGAGGCGGCGGCUUCGGCCCUGGAGGAGGUGGCGGCUUCGGCCCUGGAGGAGGCCGUCCUGGAUUCGGCGGUGGCGGCUUCGGACCCGGAGGUGGUCGCGGCUUUGGCGGGUGAACGAAGUUUCCUUCACGAAGCUCCUGCACCACCAAAAACUGCCCACAAACUACGUCACUUCUUGGUUUUUGUUAAUUUGUGCACACUUUAACAGUUAAUAAAACAUAACAAUUGUCACUGUA